AUGGAGGUAAUGGACGUGCAAAGCAAUCGUGCCAUGGCUGGAGGUGUCUUGGCCCUGGCAGUAGCCACCUUUGUCCUUGUCGCUUGGGCACGAGUGCUCCUCCUGCGCACCAAGCUCGCGAGGGCCAAGACCCCAGUGGCGCCGAGUUUGCUGGUCAAGGACCUGGUGGACGAUGUGGUGCGUGAGGAGGAGCUGGUGGUGGUGCUCAGCUGCUACCGGGAAACCCAGGAGGAGUUGAAGCACAGCUUGGGCACCGUGGGUUUUCAAGGUGGGUACUCUGACCUUCCACGGACCUUGCGCGAAGGUUCGGCGUCCGAAGCUGGCCCGACGGUGCGUGUCAUGAUCUUCCUGGACGGGCUGCAGGGCAAGGAGGAGCAGGUGCUGCAGUUUCUGAAGGCCUCCAAUGAGGAGGAUGAGAGCAGCACUCAGGCACCCAGCAGCUCCGGCAGCUCAGAUGGGAGCAGCCCACGGAGCGAGGCGUCGCCGCUGGCCAAGGCGGACUGGGGGGAGGACUUCGCGACGCUGCAGGCGAUGAGCGGCUUGCUUUGCUUGAAAAAUCCUGAGCGUGUGCACGGCUGCGUGCGGGUGCAGGGGGAGCUCUCCAGCAGCAGCCGCGAGGUGCCCUUCGAGCUGUACAUCAAGACGAGCUGGGCGCGGUCCAAGCGUGCCAGCCAGGCGCUCUGCAUGUCCCUCCUGCAAAGCGCCCCAAAAGCCCCCUCAGACGCGGAGAGUGCAGACGUGGAGAGCGGCCCAAGAGUUUCAGGGCCUCAGGCGCUGCUGCUGCUGGACGGGGACUGCCGCGUGGAGCAUUGCCACCUGCCCGAGCUCUUCUAUUGCCUGCGGGACCAAAAGUUGGCAGCCUGCGGCCCAUUCAUGCUGGCGCAGAAGCGGACCAGCUUUUGCCUCUUGGUUCAACUGGUGAGGGACUGGGCCUCCCAGCGGAUCUUGUGGCUGGGCCAGAGCGUGUUCCGCUUCCAGGCGCCGCUGAACGGGUCCUGCGCCAUGUACUCCAUGGAGGCCGUGCAGGCCGUGCAGGAGCACUUCUGCCGGGCCGUGCGGGAGGACUCCAUGCUGGACAACAUGCGCAUCGAGAUGGGGGAGGACAGCUUCAUGACCAACCUCGUCCACGAGCACGUGCAAGAGAGGGUGCACGGGGUGCACGGGAUCCGGUUCAUGCCCCAAGUCCACGCCAGCUCCUUCAUGCCCGAGACCUGGCUGGAGUACCUGGCCCAGCAGUGCCGUUGGAAGCGGUCCCACCUGGGAAACCGCAGCGCCUUGCUGCUGAACCCCAAGGUCUGGUGCUGCAAGCCUUCGCGCUGGCCCUUCUGGCUGGUGCACGUGGCCUCCUUCCUCUGGACGCCCCACCUGGCCCCAGCCACCUUGACGCUGUGGUUCUCCCAUUUGACGGGCGAAUUCCUGGAGGAUGCCGGCCUUGGCCGUGGCCUCGGCGCAGGCGUGCACGCCGCGCUGUGGCUGGUGAUCUGCCUCUACGCGGUGCUGUCGGCUGGAAGCUCGGUGCCAUCGAAGCCGAAGAUGCACUCGGCCUUCAUGGGCUUCUUCAUGGGCUUGGGCGCCCUGCAGAUGUUCUUGCUGGCUCACCGGAACCUCUGCUUCGUGGCCAUGCCCCUGGCCAUGUCCGUGGUGCUGCUGCUGCUGCAGCUGCCCCAUGGCCUGAGGGCGCCCUGGGCGGGUCUGCUGGUGCUGGCCGUCCCCUUGGCAGCCUUCGUGGAGCUGGUGCAGCAGCCGGUGGUGGCGGUGGCCAACGCGGACGGGGUCAGCGCCAAGUGGGCCACCCGCGAGAAAACGGAGGGGAAGAUGCCCGAGGCUAAGGUGGCGGUUGAGGAUUGGCGCAAGCAUGCGAUGGCCAUCCGUUCCUGGAGCCGUUGGAUUUUCCUCACGGCUUGGCUCUUUGUGAACUUUGCCUUGGGAGCCGUGCCCUUGAGCCUGGGCUACUCCGGGCUGGCGGGUUCUAUGGUGGCCUCGAUGCUGGUGACCAACCUGCUGCUGCAUGCGCUGCUCGCAUUGGCCUACUCCCUUUGGCUCGCCUUCUUCCGUGCCCGCCGGGCAUGUGGUGCCUAG